UGAUCUAUGGUAGUGAUAAUGAUAAUCUGGGAAUCAGGAUUACUUUCCUACAGUCUAUAGUAGUAAUAUAUAAGUCUAUAUAUUCGGUAAACGUAGGCAUUUAAAUAUACCCAUGCUAUACGCACGAGCGGCAACAUUUUCUGUUCGUCUUGACUAAUUUGAUGAAGUUUCCUGAUAUUCAUUUCGGAGUGAUGGAUUCACAUGGCAACAAAACUGCUUGCAUUUUAGUUCUUGCUGUUUAAUACUCUGUAGUGCACACACACGCACCACAUAUACAGUACUACACUAACCUCUAUUUUUUGGGCUGUUUUCCCCCAUUACGAGUUUUUUUGAUGUGCUUAAAAAAAACAACAACAACAACAAAAAAAAAAACAAGUGAGCUGCCUUUGACUCAAAGUAGUGUUCGAAUAUGCAAAUCCAUCCGGGUAUUGGAUCGCGUACUAUUUCGCCAUAUUCUUUAGUGCUGAUAGAGUGCAUGAGGUUUUAGGGCGUAUCGAUGAUGACGCACUAGAACCAAUCAACCCGUUGCCGCACUGCGUCCUGGCCAAUAGGAAACAGAUCGUUUUUUUUCUUUCUUUUUUUCUUUUUUUUUUCCUUGGUUCUCUGUGAUGUUACUCACAGGUGAAAGUGGGGACGGUUAGGGCUGGCUCUGUGUGCUGUGUAUGUGUGUGGGUGUGUACGUCUGUGUGUGUGUGCUGUGUCUCUCUCGGACCCAGGAGCGCGAGGUAGCGACGUGGACCGAAAUGAAAGUCGCGCGCCACCGCGGAUCCGUGGAAUAAUGUUGGAGUAGAAGGGCGCGUGACGAGUGGAUGAAUGCACAUACCCGAUACGACCUGUUCUUACUUUUAUAUCUGACCUCAAUUGCCUUGUUAUAGGCUUAUUUUGUUGUACUAUUUCUAGUUAUUGUUGUUUGGGUAUUUGGUUUCUUACGCGCGCGAUGGCCGUGCGCAGCAGCUCCUUUAUUCCUUUCUCUAUUCAGGCCAUUUUAAACAGAAAAGGGGUGGAAGAGGAGGAAGAAGAAGACGAAGAUGAAGAAGAAGAGGAAGAAGAAGAAGAAAAAGACGAAGGAAGGCGCAGAUUGAAAGAGCUCGAUAUGUGUUUUUCGAAAGGCGCGUGCUGGAAAAUAUUCGGUAGAACGCACGAGGAGGAGGACAGUGAUAGGGGGCAGAAGGAAAGGGAAAGGGAGAGAGCGCGCGUGGCGGCGAGCCACCACAAGAGCUACGACUCAGACUCUGGGCUCAGCGAGGACCACCAACACGACCACCACCUCCACCACCACCUCGAUGAUGAACGUGAGGCGAAAAGCGGAUCGUCGCGUGAGGAGCGGGACGGCUGUGACUCGCGCGCACUGGAUGAGAGUUUUCAGGACGAGACAGACCGAGAAUCCACAGCUGCGGAGCAAGCACGAGAACUUAGUGACUGCGAGCUCUUAGCCAGCGUGUCCGAUUGUAAUAACGCAGAGGAAAAGGUCUCAGAGCAGCCCGGCGGAAAGCAGCGUAAGAAACGCUCUCGCGCAGCCUUCUCACACGCGCAGGUGUUCGAGCUCGAGCGCCGUUUCAGCCACCAACGCUACCUGAGCGGACCGGAGCGCGCGGACCUGGCGGCGUCGCUGAAGCUGACGGAGACACAGGUGAAGAUCUGGUUCCAAAACCGCCGCUACAAAACCAAAAGGCGCCAGAUGGCCGCGAGCAGCGCCGCGUCUGCCGCUGCCGCCGACUUACUCCUGCCCGCUGCCAAACGCGUGGCCGUCAAAGUGCUCGUGCGCGACGACCGCAGGCAAUAUUCUCCCGGAGAGCUCCUGCUCCUGCGCCCGCCGCCGCUCCUCGCGCUCCAGCCACCAUCUUCUUCAUCUUCAUCAUCAUACUGUUACUACUAUCACCCGAACCCGUACUGUGCGCCCGCUUGGACCCUGUCCGCGUCCUCGUGCGCUGGGAACCAGUGAACCAGGCACGAGGGAGAAAAAAAAACAACAGCAAAAAAAAAAAAAGAAAAAAAUACAGAAGUGCUUUGUUUGUUUGUAUGUUUGUUUCUUUGUUUGUUUGUUUGGAUUUUAAGCUCCCAACAAGUCCAAAAAGGAGGGAGACACGAGACACUGCGUUCAACUGUUUUAAGCUGAAACAAACCUAAAGACUUAAUGACAUCACUUUAUUAUAUUAUUAAUGUGAUACUUUUUGGUAUUAUUGUUAUUGUUGUUUUUAUUCCUGAAUGUAUAUGGGAAGUUACGUGUUUCCGCUCCUUUUCUUUUUUCUGUUCAAAGCGUACUGGAAAGCAGUAACGCGUCACUUACAAACAGAGAGACAUGUGUAGGUGAAAACGGUAAGACUCCAGCACUUCUGCUAUAUAAUCUUAUUCUUGCGCAACAGUGUGUGUGUGUGUGUGUGUGUGUGUGUGUGUGUGUGUGUGUGUGUGUGUGUGUGUGUGUGUGUGUGUGUGUGUGUGCGCGUGCGUGCGUGCGUGUGGCCACAGAUGAAGACUUUAGUAUUAGUAUGAAACGUUGUUGCUGUUUACAGACUGAUACAAAGAGGCGAUCAUUAAAACACACAUGAAGUUCUGCGUGUGUGUGUGUGUGUGUGUGUGUGUGUGUGUGUGUGUGUGUGUGUGUGUGUGUGUGUGUGUGUGUGUGUGUGGUAUACACUUUGUCAUUGAGCAGAAAGGUUUAUUAAAGGUGUUUAAGUGACAGUUGAGCUGUUGGGUGUCGUCACAUCUCUAUUUAAAUGGACGAGAUUCUAUACCUUAUUAAAAUAUUUUCAUCUGAUAGAAUUUCCCAUAUUUUCUAUUAUUAUUAUUAUUAUUAUUAUUAUUAUUAUUAUUAUUAUUAUUAUUAUUAUUAUUAUUAUUAUUAUUAUAUGUAAUGUUAGCCUAUAUAGAUCUAUCAGGCUUUGAGAGUUUGUGUGUGGUUGAUGAAUGUUCCAUCACAGGGCUCAUGCGUUAUUUUUAUGUUUUAUGGCCCUGCGUGUGUGUCCUACACAUUUCUGUGAACGUGUCGUUAAGGUGAUUUAAAUUCCCCAUACUGCUUUAGUUGGUGAUUUAAUGCGACCCUGCACGUGCCGAUGAGCUCCACACGUCUGGGGGAAAAAAACACCACCACCAAGAGGCACAGCAGCGGAUUAGUUUAAUUACGGAUAGAUUGUUUGUCUAUUUAAACCAUGCUAUUUUCUUAAUUCUCUUAAACGCUGAUACGCUGAA